AUGCCAAAAAUCCUGCUGACGAACGCCCGCUCACUGACCAACAAGCUUGAUGAACUUAACAUUGUUCUGACGUCCAACAAGAUCGACGUAUCAGUAGUGACGGAGACGUGGUUUUCUGCCGAUCUACCUCUUGAAGCAUCGUGUAUUGAAGGCUACAGUCAGAUUCGUAAAGACCGUACCGAGAGGAGAGGGGGUGGAGUUGCAAUAUACAUAAAAAACGAUAUUGCAAGCAGGCCUCUGGACUUGGUUGUACCUGAGGAACUGGAAUGCGCAUGGGUACACCUUCGGCCAAAACGGCUUCCGAGGGAGGUCUCAUCCCUGGCCCUUUGUGCUGUAUACAGCCCCCCAGCCUCACCUCACGAAGGUGUUUUGCUUGAACACCUGUCGGAGUCCAUCGACUUGUUGCGGAACUCUCAUCCAGAUAUAGGACUAGUCAUACUUGGAGAUUUUAACCGCCUGGACAUCUCUGAUCUUUGCUGUUUCAGCUCACUUCAGCAAGUCGUUGAAGCCCCAACUCGUGGCGAAGCUGUCCUGGACCUGAUACUGACUAAUGUGAGUAGCUUCUACGAAUCUCCCGUCACAGCUCCCCCCAUUGGUCGUAGUGACCACGUCUGUGUCAUCAUGCCAGGGAAACACAGACAGACAUCUAACACUGUACACAAGAAGGUAGUACGUCCGAUGCGUGACUCGGAUUCCAGGGCGUUUGGAUCUUGGAUCACCACUCACUCUUGGGAUGAGGUUCUGCUAGCCACCUCUGCCGAGUCCAAGUGCGAUGCCUUCUACAGUACUUUGAAGUGUGCGGUGGAUAAGUACUUUCCGACUAAAGUGGUGCGCCUCCACUGCAGAGACAAACCAUGGGUCACUCCCUGUAUCAAAGCCCUAAUCGAGAAACGCCAGAAGGCUUUCCACAAGGGUAACACAAGUGCCUGGAAACGGUAUCGGAACAGGGUUAUACGGGAAAUCUCCACUGCUAAACGAAACCACUACCGGGACAAGGUUGAACACCUCAAGACUGCUGAUCCCAAGGAAUGGUACCGCAACAUUAAAGACAUGACCGGCAUACGUCGUGACCAAGGCAACCAAAUCCUGGGCGUUGACAACACUAAUCCCAAAGAAGCGGCUAAUGCCAUAAACACGUACUUGGCAGCAGCCUCCCAGCAAUUCCCACCGCUGUCGCUGGACGAACUGCCGUCCUUUCUGCCUGCGUGUAGCCCUCCCCCGGUGGUCACAGUGUGGGAUAUGUACCACCAACUCCGGAAAGUGAAGGUAGGAAAGGCUGCCGGCGUUGAUAACAUCUCUCCCAGACUAGUGCGGGAAUUUGCGUUUGAGUUGAGCUCGCCUAUGACUGACAUCUUCAACACCUCUCUUGCUGAAGGAUCGGUGCCCUCCAUAUGGAAGAAAGCCAACGUUGUUCCUGUUCCGAAAGAGAACCCACCACGCCUUGACAAAUUACGGCCGAUCUCGUUAACUUCCAUCUUUGCUAAGAUAUGUGAAGGAGGCCAGACUAGCGUCACACCCGUCGAAUGUACAAACCGACCUAGACAACCUAGUCAGCUGGACUGA